AUGGCAGUUCGCCCCAGAUUUCGGAUAUUUUCUGCGCUCGUCCAAACCUUUGUUUGGGCUGCUGUUGCCAGAAGCCACUCCACUACGGAAGAUGCAUGUGCCGUGAGCACACCGAGUGCAAAUCUGGAUGCUGGAGACCAGCAUGACGAGUCCAUGCUGAUACAGCACCAAGGCUCAUUGGGAGCGUCAGCUGAUCCCGAUGCUUUGGGUCUGGUACAGGAAUCACCGUUUGCAAAUCGCACGAUUCAUACUCGGGGCUUCUCGUUCAGCUGCACUUGGACACCAUCUUCUUGUUCUCGAAGGGAGCGUGGCAAGCAGGUACUUCUCCUUCACGGCUUCCCGGGGUGGAAGGAGACCUGGUUGGACUUGAUGAAGGAGUUGGCAAACGUUGGCUACUGUGCUGCUGCUUGCGACCAGCGUGGAUAUUCGCCGGGUGCGUCUCCUCCUUCUCAGCACGACUACACUGUGAGGAAGCUCAUAGGUGAUGUUGCCGGUUUUGCAAACGCUUUCGGCUUCAGACGAUUCCAUCUCGUUGCCCACGACAUUGGCGCCGUCAUCAGCUGGCUUUUCUUAGGCUCGAAACGCUGGCGCCGGCGCGUGGUAAGCUUUACCAGCUUGGCAAUUCCUCAUCCCAGGGCUUUCUCGGAUGGUCUCUUCGGCGAGAGGGCGGACCUAGAUCAGCAGGCGGCAUCGACCUACUUCAAUAUUUUCACGCGCCCGAACUCGGCUUCUCUCGGCAACAACACACUGUACGAAUUCUUGGGUGCUUCUUUUUCGCCGUCCCAGACCUCGAUGACCCCACCAGGUCCCGGGUGGGCGUCACCGGAAGCGUUUCAGAAGCCUUUGUGGUGGUACAAUGCUAUCAUCCCUCAGUGGAUGGCUCAAGGUCCAUUACGCUCUGUGCCGGAGAUAGCUCAACUGGGCUUUCAGCAGGUGGCUGCUUUGCUUCAACUUCUGGGUGGUAGCCCAACCCCAGGCGAGGCUGCGCAGAAUCGUGCCGCAAGUAUUUCCGCGCCCACCCUCUUCAUUUGCGGGAACGAAGAUCGGCAAAUCCUUUGUGCGAAACCCUUCUCAAGGGCGACGCAGCAGUAUUGCAAAGGCAGCUAUCAGUUUUUGGAGGUAACGUGUGGGCAUGAUCCCCAGAAUUGCCAUGACCCGGACCAGACUGGAAUUGUGUAUGAUGCUAUUCUCGACCAUAUCAAGAAGCAUUCGCAUUGGUGGUAUGCCAGGUAUGCUUAUCGCAAAUGA